AAAAACACAAGUAAGCAAUGAUGAAGUACGGAUGUUUGCCUAUCCUUGUUUUGUGUCUGCUUGUGUUGUGUGAAGCAUCAUUACGUUCCCAACAGCUUGAAAAAUUGUCCAAACCAAGCGAUUGGAGAUUUACCAACUGCAGUGAAAAUCGCGGAAGCUUGUGUGUGUGUCCAAAAAAGGCAUGUGGUUGUGUAACUAUAAGACAGGAAGAUCUUUCACCGCGUAGGAGGGCUACAAGUUUCAGUUAUUUCAUGUUCUCAGACUGCAAUGAGUUUCCCCAAAGCGAUCCAAGUUAUAUUGACAAGCGUUGUGGAUGUCAAGGCAAUUGCCAUUGUGCCACUCUGUAGAAUCUUAAGAUGUUUGGUUGACCAUGACCUACAAAGGAACUGGAGGAUUAUGAAUGACAAACUACAUUGAUUUUCAAUAAAUAUUUGAUUUUCAUGU